AUUCAAUCUCCAUACACCACCACAACCAAUACCCCUCACUCGACGUAGGACUCCCCCGACCCCGUCGCCAUCUCGAAGCCUCUACAGGCCGACUGAAUUUUCAUUGCAGAUGUUGUCGCGGCGAAUUGCAACUGCGCGCCCUCUUCGGGCUGCGUACCCCAUCGCUCAGCGAACACUACUCGGACAGCAUCGAAAAGCUUCAUCAGCCGAUGCUGAAUUUCCCGCCAUGGUCCGUAGCCACUCAAUUGCGCCAUAAAUCCUACUCGGAAGCAAUUGGAAGCUUUUGGCUAACAUCGCAGAUGGCAGACGGAGGCUGAGGAUCCUGAAAUGGUUGGUGAUGGUCCCUCGAGCCAUGGAGCAAUUGGUUGACAAUGUGCAUAGAAUGGAGGAUACGUCAACCCACCUGCAGUAAAGAGACAGUUUCGCGAUCCUUAUGGCGACUGGUGGGACAAGCAAGAGCGCCGAAACUACGGAGAGCCGGUCCACGAAGACAAUGAUAUCCUUGGAAUGUUUUCCCCCCAUGAAUACACCCACACGAAGCCAGGAAAGGGAUUGUUUCAAAUUGGUUGCUUUGUGGCUGCUGUCUUUGGACUCUGUGGUGUUGUUAGCAUGACCUAUCCUGACAAGCCAUCGGCACCGCGAGAGUUUGAGGGAGGACUGGAGAAGGAAUUGGGUGGACCAGGGGCAGUAAGGGCAAGUUGAAGAUAUGCCUCUUUGGUUGAUUUUGUAUUGGUGCUGACUCAGUAACAGGCGAGAGCUGCAGGCGAUCCAUGAAAGG